AUGUGUAGGAAAAACAUCAUCCACCAGAUGCACCACGAUGUAUCAACACCGAUUAUCAUCGACCCCGUCACCGCCAACCCAACCGUCUACGCCAACCCACUCCGAACAAAACACCACCAGUGCGAGAUCUCACAUUCGAACCAGUGGCUGCCCAACACGUCACAACCACGGUGUGGGUACCACAGCUGCUGCAUCCCAUACGUGGAGAUAGAAUGGUGCGACCACGAAGAAGACGACAUGAUGGAACCAGAAGAAUGCGAAUUCUUCUCGCUGCAGCACCACCACACGCGCCUCGAGUACCUCGGCCACCCCGCCGCGUUCUUCGAUUCCUGUCCCGCGACCUGGCAGAACCUCUCGCAGAUGCGCUGGGAGCGGCCCGACUGGUUCCCCUGGUUCGCGCACCACGCCAGCGAGCGCGCGGGGUGGGAGGAGAUGUACUUCCGAGAGUGCGAGAAGCUGUACACUGCCGAACAGGACGCUCGAAUGCUGGCGGCUGUUGCGUGGGAUCUGGAGUGCAGUGAUGUGUCGUGGGGCCAGCCGAUAGCCGCGACGGCGAAAGGUAACCUCCUGAGGGCGGAGCGGGUUUUGCUGGAGCAGAGGGAGGUUGUCUUUUUAUUGGCGGAAUGGGCGCGCCAGUAUUGUGCGGAUUGCUCGUGA